UCUACGCUAUUUAUUUGUACUCAAGAUCACAGGUUGGAGUUUGAUAUUUGAAGUUAUUUUGAGAGUUUUUUAGAGUUUAAUUUUGAUUUUUGAUUAACUCUAGAAGUCAAUUCUUUCAAAAUUCUUUUAUUUUUUUUUUAAAGUUGUCGUGUUAUAAAAGGGAAAAAUAUUUUUCCUGAAUUACUUUAAGAAGUUUUUAUAGAAUUGAUCGUUUUCAAAAAGAUCUGAAAAAGUUUUUUUUUGAAAAACUGACAAGUGUGCUAAAUACGGAAAAAUUUUAGAUUGAGCCUUUUCUCAGUAAGUGAUAUUCAGGACAUAGGUAAGUAUUAAAAUAUUGAUAUUUUUAUAAGAAUUUGUGAUCAAUUCAGUGCACAGAGGAGACUCAAAUAGAGCUUAAAGCUCUGGAAGAAAAAUGAGGUUUUCCUCUUUGACUUCAAAGAUGUUUACUGACGAAACCCGGAAGAUCUAAAACUGAUAUGUAUUUCAAAUUCAUCAAAUCUAUUUCCUAAAGGAUAAAUCUCAAUAAAUCUUUUUUUUUUUACAUUUUGUUUAAAACUAAUGUUCUCAUAAUAAAUUUUUAUUUUGAAUUUCCAUGAAAUGGAGACGCCUGGUCAACUACCAGGCGCCUCCUCUUGAAUCUAAUUAUUUUCUUUUAGCACUAAACUAUUUUCAGUGAUUGUGGCUUCUACUGGAUUUUAUUUUGGUGAGUAUUUUAUUUGUUUCACGUUUUUUUUAUCCUGAAUUAACCUUCCUCAUUCUCUUUUUUAUGAGCAAAAGUUUCAUAGCUAUGUAGUAAAUUUGAUUUAUUUAAAGAACAUUACUGAAAAGAGAAAGAAAGAAUUAACAUGUAAACCUCAAAUGCAAGCAUAUUGUACAUUUUUAUUGCUGCAUGACUGUCCCCUCUUGGGAGUCGCGAGAGAGAAAAGCCAAGAGACCGCGACUGGAAACUUCCAGGCAGCCGCUGCUGAUGGUCUCCGCGCGCAGACACCUCUCAGUCAACGAACGACGAUCAACGGGCACGCCAUGUGCGCGUAAAGAACAUUAUUCUCCCGUGCACUCUGUCCACACAACUCUGCGCCACAGAGAGCCAUCUUGAGCUGCGACAGGUGGAACGCGCCCGCGGAACUGUAAAUGUUCUUUUUUUUGCAUAACUGUUUGCUAUAUAGUUUUUCCGAUUUGAGAGAAAAUAGAAUUUUUCGUAGUGCAGCGAUCGUUGAAAUGCGCGAAUGAUAUCGUCGUAUCUUUUGCUGAUAAAGUGGAAGGAAAAAAAAACUUUUCACAGAACUCUUGUGAGCGCACUUGUGUGUAUACGUUGUCUUAUCAGCUGGCUACCACUAAUUCAUGCUCAAAUUGAUGAUGUGAAUAUAUUGAGUAAAACUUGUGCGAAAAAAAAUGAACAGUGUGUGAUCGCGAGGUUCCACCGAGUGAAAAUACGUGAAGUACGAGCAGUCGCGGCUCACCUAUUCGCAAAUUAAUGUGUAUCGUCGAUCGGGCUGUGCUGUGGAGAUUUAAGAGAAAAAAUCAACAAAACUCGGAGGAAGAAAUCCCAAAAUCAGGUGUACAUCACAGGGAUACGCGGUGAUCGCCUUGUGCCUGUGAAAGGAGAAGAAAAUAAGAAAAGAAAAUUGUGUGUGGCGGUGCGAUCGUGAAUAUCGGGUGAGAGCUGACGAGGAAAAAGUGUCAUAUAUCGAAAAUAGUACCUUGAUCGCGAACAUGCCGUUAUUCCACAAGAAGGCCGUGAAACCGGUCCAGUACCACGAGAAUAACAAUUCAGUGCAUCCAUCGCAGCCGCCUAAUCACCAUCCUCCGUCGGCCAAUGGGUCGUCCAACAAGAGUGAGCUGGUGAAGCCACAAGUUCCACCGACCCCGAACAGCCCAGUGCAGCUCAUGUUCCACUGCCAGCUGGCCCAUGGGAGCCCCACGGGUUUCAUAACGGGCUUCUCCAGUGUCAAGGAGCUCUACCAGAAGAUUGCAGAGUACUACGACUUCCCAACUGAUGAGAUUCUCUUCUGCACACUGAAUUCCCACAAAAUCGACAUGUCGAAGCUACUGGGUGGACAGAUUGGGCUGGAUGACUUCAUAUUUGCACACCGGAAGGGGCGCCCGAAGGAGAUUGAAAUUGAAAAAUCCGAAGAUGCCCUGGGGCUAACGAUAACGGACAAUGGGGCUGGGUAUGCUUUUAUAAAGAGGAUAAAGGAGGGUAGUGUCAUCGAUCGUAUUCCCCACAUAAAGAUUGGGGAUCACAUUGAGCGACUCGAUGGGGUUAAUGUGGUGGGGAAGAGGCAUUACGAAGUGGCCAGGAUGCUGAAGGAUAUUACUACAGGGACGACAUUUACGUUGCGACUCGUUGAGCCCAUGACGAGUGGCUUUCAGGGUAUUGGACCACGAGGGGGUGCGGGUAAGACAGGAAAGUCCAAGGGCUAUGGAACUGGGAAGGAAACCCUGAGGUUCAAGUCCAACGGAAGUGCUGCCAUCGAAGAUGAGCGCGAUGAAGCAGCUCAAGCGGGAAUUGAUGCCAUCAACGCACUUCUAGACUCUUUCAUGGGGAUUAAUGAUGCAGAACUUGCCUCUCAGAUCUGGGACUUGGGGUGCAACAAGACGAACUCAAUGGAUUUUGCUGAAGCCAUCGAUGCAUCGGAUUUGGAGGCAUUUGGAUUUACGGAUGAUUUUAUAAUUGAACUCUGGGGUGCUGUGACAGAUGCCAGGCAAGGACGAAUGAAAAAGCUAUGAGAAACUACGAUAUAUAAGCGUCCCUGUGUACUCCUGCAAUGCAAAAAAAAUAUGAAAAUCUUUUUGAUAAAAAUUUUUACUUUUUGCUCCUUGUAUGUAUAAAAAAAAGCCUUUCUUGCGUGCGCGAUACGGGGGAGAGAAAACCGUUGUAGAGAAAGUACUUUUUUGAAUGAAUAAAACGCCAAAUGUAUGCAA